AUGGCACUCAGAGGUCACUUCAGGCAUUCGGGAGUCAACAAAGGCACUCGGGAGUCAACAAAGGCACUCGGGAGUCAACAAAGGCACUCGGGAGUCAACAAUGGCACUCGGGGGUCAACAAAGGCACUCGGGAGUCAACAAAGGCACUCGGGAGUCAACAAUGGCACUCGGGAGUCAACAAUGGCACUCGGGAGUCAACAAUGGCACUCGGGAGUCAACAAUGGCACUCGGGAGUCAACAAAGGCACUCGGGAGUCAACAAAGGCACUCGGGAGUCAACAAAGGCACUCGGGAGUCAACAAAGGCACUCGGGAGUCAACAAAGGCACUCGGGAGUCAACAAAGGCACUCGGGAGUCAACAAAGGCACUCGGGAGUCAACAAAGGCACUCGGGAGUCAACAAAGGCACUCGGGAGUCAACAAAGGCACUCGGGAGUCAACAAAGGCACUCGGGUGUCAACAAAGGCACUCGGGGGUCAACAAAGGCACUCGGGGGUCAACAAAGGCACUCGGGGGUCAACAAAGGCACUCGGGGGUCAACAAAGGCACUCGGGGGUCAACAAAGGCACUCGGGGGUCAACAAAGGCACUCGGGGGUCAACAAAGGCACUCGGGGUCAACAAAGGCACUCGGGGUCAACAAAGGCACUCGGGGGUCAACAAAGGCACUCGGGGGUCAACAAAGGCACUCGGGGGUCAACAAAGGCACUCGGGGGUCAACAAAGGCACUCGGGGGUCAACAAAGGCACUCGGGGGUCAACAAAGGCACUCGGGGGUCAACAAAGGCACUCGGGGGUCAACAAAGGCACUCGGGGGUCAACAAAGGCACUCGGGGGUCAACAAAGGCACUCGGGGGUCAACAAAGGCACUCGGGGGUCAACAAAGGCACUCGGGGGUCAACAAAGGCACUCGGGAGUCAACAUAG